AUGAAUUUGCUAUCAUUGUUCCCGGACAAUGUGCUGGUAGAGGUGCUACUAAACUUGAGUCCGUAUGAUAUCAACAGCCUUUAUUCAAUUGAAUCAGUUUCAAAGAGAUUGGUAAACUUCAUAUCAUUAACAAAAGAUACAAAAGAUCUUACGGUUUUCAACAAUGUUCCUAGAGAAUCACAGGUACUUCUUCCAAAGGACUCCAAAAAAUUUGCAAUAAGACGAGGAUACAUACAACUUUUCGAAUUUGAAGAUGCUAAAAGUUACACCGAGAUAAUUUCAAAGCUUAAUGAUUCAACUCCAAAAUUUAUCGUAUUUCCAGGUACUGAUCAUGGACCUGCAAUAGACAAAUUAGUGGAUGUUAACGAAUGUUUUGGUAAGAAUCCUAAAUCUAGCUUUCAUUAUUUCAUGUUUGAACCAAAAUUUAUACGCCAAUGGGACGUUAUUUUUUAUCCUGAAUAUUUCCAUUUCCCAAAUUUAAUUGAUCUCGAGUUACGUGGUUCUGAAGUCAUAGCAGAUGUAUCAAGAAAGAAGCAAAAGUUGUUCAAUUAUAAUAACGCUGAAUCUCUAUUUAUUAUCAACUCAGUAAAUAAAGUAUCUGAAGAAUUGUUUGGUGCUGUUGAUUUUGAAAGAAAUGAUCCUUUGAAAAAACUGGUUUUGUUGGAUUAUAGUCAAAAUGACCUGAUUCUGUUCAGGAAAACAUUUGACAACAUAACACAUAUGGACCUUCAGGUAGAUGAUUAUGGUAAUGUUCAUCCAUGUCAUUCCUACAAAUAUUUUACUAUAGCAGAAUGUAACUUUUUCAACCUUAAAAGUCUUUAUAUAAGGUGUGCUUCAGGUGGUAUCAUCAAUAAUUCAAAUUUCCCCAAUCUUGAAGUUCUUUCAAUUCAUCAAAAAACAAGCACAAUCGAAGGAAAUACGUUAGAGAAGGUUCGUUUGGAGAACUUAAUGCUUCCAGAGCUUAUACAAUUUGAAUGGGUUUCAUCCUUUUCUGCUCCUAUUAUUGGACCAAAUUUUGAAGCAUCAAAACUCAGGCUUUUGAGACUCUAUAUAUCAACAGGAUUUCAGAAUAUAUCUCAUCAUAGAAAUUUUGAAGCUUCUAAAAUUCAAGACGCUAGGGAUUUCAAAACUGUUUCAUCUGGUUUAGCAUCCAUUAUUCCUGAAUAUUUGGUCGUCGAUUAUCCUCUAGUAUUGGAAGCUUUAAAUUCGCAUGGUGCAUUAAAGAAUGUAAAAUAUAUGCUUUUAAGCGGAGAACAUUUAAAUCCAAAAGAGAUCAAUUCUUUAAGAGGAUUGAAAUUUGAUAAUUUAAUUAAGGUUGGGCUUUAUGAUAUUAUAUUUGAUUCCACAGAAGAUACAUUACCCAUCUUUCAAUCACCAUCACUGAAACAAUUUAUGAUUAAAACUCCAGAAUCCAAAAGACUGCUAAAUGAAAUGAGAAGCUUUAAAUCUUUAAAAAACUCAAAAGAGCUUGUUUUGGAUGGUUCAUGCGCUAAUGUGGUAGGAGUAUAUGGUAGUGAAGUCCCACGAGAACUUGAAAAAAUCCUUAUCAAGGCCCACUCUGAACAAGAGGUUUUCAUCACAGGAAGUUUUGAAAAUCUCAAGAGCUUAAUUAUAGAAAAUGAUUAUGCGUAUAAGUCUGAGGUCAGUAUAAAGAUUUCUGCUCCAAAUUUGGUCCUGUUGAAGGCGCACGGUGUUAAUUUGAAAAAUCUUGAACUGUUUGAUUGUCCAAAAUUGAAAAUAAUAUCUGCUGAUAAGGCAGAAAGAAUAAAAACUCAUGAAGAUUUAAUUUCAUUGAAGCAUUUCAGCGUUCUGAAUACAACAGAUACAAACGAAAUUGAUAUAAAGGCAUCGAAUUUGACGUAUAUCAAAACCCCAUUAAAUGCUAAGUUUAAUUUAGCUCAAAUGACAGAUAUGAAUGGCAGUGAUCAAAAGAGGCAGAAAUUAGAAGUGUCUAACACCCAGAAAAAAAUCAGCGAACUUGUUGAUCAAGAUUUAGAAAUUUUUCCACUCUUGGAUAUGAUUUCAAAAGAAUUCAAACUUGAUCCAGAUAACGUUAUAGAUAGUAGUUAUGGGUACGAUAUUUAA